CAUCAAACAAUCUAGUAUUAGGUUAUAAUGGUAAUGAUGUAUUACUUUGGUAAUGAAGGACUUUUUCUCGGUCAUUUCCUUUCUCUCUCAAACAUAGAUUUUCCCUAUUUUCCCUCUCACUCUCUCAAACCCUAGAUUUCUUCAUAGCCAAAAUGAGUUGAUCCAGUGCAACCAUAACUUAAAUUUAGUUAGAAUCUUGUGCUUUAUCUAAUUUUCUCCAGAUUAUAUCUACUUUUUGCUGGCUUCAAGGUGAUUUACAGAUAUAUAAUAACUAAUAUGGGUGAUGAGAUUCGAGAUCGAGGAAAAAAUAAGAGAAUGUGUACUUAAUUGGAGGAGAAUGCCCUUGUUGACAUUCUACUUGAGAGGCAGAAUUAAAAUUGGAAGUGUGACACAGGCUAUAGGACUGGUUAUCAGACAUAUAUGAAAAGAAAAUGAAUAAGCGAAUUCCUUAUUGUGGAUUGAAGGGUAAGCCACAUAUUGAAUCCAAAAUUAAGAUUUUUAAGAGACAAAAGGGAUAUAUUAUUGAAAUUCAGAAGCAGGUUAGUGGUUUUGGUUGGGACGAUGCUACAAAAAUGGUAACUAGUGAGAAGGAAGUCUUUAUGGAAUGGGCUCAGGGAAAAGAUGGAGCUGCUGCUCUAUUCUGUAAAACGUUUCCUCUGUAUGACAAGCUUUGUGAGAUUUACGCCAAGGAUCGUGCCAGUGGAAGUAUGGUCAAGGGGCCAGGAGACGAUGAAGAAGGUGAUAAGAAUGAGCCUGAAAAGAAUGAUGAUGUUAUUAGCUCAACUCGAGCGUAUGGGCAAUCAAGUGGUCGAGGAGAUCGUAAGAGAAGAAGGGAAAUUCAAAAUGAAGAGCUUAUUGGGCUGGCCACUACAUUGGCAGCUUUGAUUGAUGUUGAAAAGGAGUCUACUUCAAUCAUGAUGGAUAUGAAGAAAUCAUUUUUACGAGAUGUGGAGAUAGGUGAGAAGAGAACUUACCUUUUUGGAGUAAUGAGUAAUUUGCAAGAACUGGCACCAAUAGAAGUUGUCGAAGCUACCACAAUUAUUGGCUUAGAUGAUAAGAAGGUGGAAAUAUUCUACGGUGUGCCGGAUGAGUGCAAAGUUAUGUUCGUCAAAUCUUUGCUAAAAAGAUAGUGUUGAUAGAUUUUAAAAAUAUUAUGAUGUAAAAUGGUUGAACUUUAGGUUAUACUUUCUGUGUUGGUGAAAAUGUAUGUGUGUUUUAAUAAAGUAUGAACUUGGUAGUCACUAGAGGAAUGGACUUUUUAUCAUAAUUUUUAUGCCUAAACACUAGCUAAUUUUCUCGGUUGAAGAGUACUAUUAUGGCUACUUAAUCGAAACUUGUUUGUAAUUGUCAAGUAUUUGCAGUGUAAAGAAUGCAUGAAGAAAAUAUUAUUAUUUGUAAUUGCAAGUCGAUG